GAAAUGGGCCUUGGCAAACUUAUAUACCAAAGAAAGUUCCAACAGCCCAUUUCAUUUAAUUUCAGACCGGGUCACGUUUUGGACCGGUUGGACCCGCAAAUUGUUUCCAGAAAGGACCGGCUCUGUCUCUAUGUUUAGAAUUCACAGCACCUGGAGCCCCACCACCGUUUCUCUCUCACACAAACACAAGCCUCUUCUCCAGCUCUCACUCAUUUCAAAUCAUUGCCCUCAAAAUUGAUUAUUUCUACCGAUCGGACAUCUACUCUGCACUGGUCAAUGGCUGCUUUUCAGCGGCGAUCGUUCGUUCUCGCUGAAAUUAACUUAUGAAACUGUUGUUUGAAGCGAUCGGCAGUUUGAAAUUUCAUCAUGUUCGAAGCACAUGUUUUGCAUUUGCUUCGAAAAUAUUUGGGGGAGUAUGUCCAUGGCCUGUCGGCGGAAGCCUUGAGAAUCAGUGUGUGGAAAGGUGAUGUGGUUCUCAAAGAUUUGAAAUUAAAGGCUGAGGCAUUGAACGCAUUGAAGCUUCCUGUAACUGUCAAAGCUGGUUUCCUUGGCACUAUAACCUUGAAGGUACCUUGGAAGGGUCUUGGCAAAGAGCCGGUCAUUGUUCUAAUUGAUCAGGUGUUUAUUCUUGCAAACCCUGCCCCUGAUGGAAGGUCUCUGAAGGAAGAAGACCAGGAAAAGCUCUUUGAGACCAAACUACAACAAAUUGAUGAAGCAGAAGCAGCAACACUUGAAGCAAUAUCAAGAUCAAAGCUGGGAAAUCCACCAGCCGGUAAUUCUUGGCUGGGUUCACUAAUUGCGACAAUUAUCGGAAAUCUUAAGAUUUCUAUUAGCAAUGUUCAUAUUAGAUACGAAGAUUCUGUAAGGUUGCUAAGCUCUCUGUCUUGGUGUUAUCACUUGUGGGCUUUUGCUUUCUACAUAAAUCUCAAUAUGUUUUCUUACAGCAAUCUAGGACAUCCAUUUUCUUGUGGCAUUACCCUUGCAAAGCUUGCUGCUGUUACAAUGGAUGAGCAGGGCAAUGAAACCUUUGACACAAGUGGUGCUUUAGAUAAAUUGCGCAAGUCAUUACAUCUCGAAAGGCUUGCUAUGUAUCACGACUCUGAUCGUGAUCCUUGGAAGUUGGACAAGAGAUGGGAGGAUAUUACCCCUCGGGAAUGGAUUGAGAUUUUUGAAGAUGGUAUUAAUGAAUCUUCAAAAGGAAGCACUUUAGUGUCACCAUGCGCUCAAGACCGGAGCUACUUAGUUUCACCAAUCAAUGGAGUUCUUAAGUACCAUCGUCUAGGAAACCAGGAAAAAAAUGAUUCAAGUGAUCCUUUUGAGAAGGCUUCUCUUGUCAUCACUGAUGUUUCUUUGACUAUUACAGAGGCUCAGUAUCACGACUGGAUUAAACUUAUGGAGGUCAUAUCUACGUAUAGAACACACGUCGAAGUCUCUCAUUUAAGACCAAUGGUGCAAAUUUCAGAGGGUACCGCCUUAUGGUGGCGUUAUGCUGCUCAAGCUGGUUUGCAGCAGAAGAAGAUGUGUUACAGAUUUUCUUGGGAGCAAAUCCAGCGUCUAUGUCGUCUUCGCAGGCGAUAUGUGCAGUUAUAUGCUGAUUCAUUGCAACGGUUACAUGUAGAUAAUUCCGAAAUAAGAGACAUUGAAAAAGACCUUGAUCCAAAAGUUAUCCUGUUAUGGAGGUUUCUUGCCCAUGCAAAGGUUGAAUCAGUAAAAUCGAAGGAAGCAGAUGAGCAGAGACUGCUUAGAAAAAGAAGCUGGUUUUCCUUGAGAUGGCGAAGCGAUUCUGAAGACGAGUCUUCAAUUGACACUUCAAGUGUAUCUCAGUCAGUUGAAGAUAGAUUAACGAAAGAAGAAUGGGAAGCAGUCAAUAAGCUGUUGAGCUUCCAGCCAGAUGAGGAUUUGGCUCACAUUGGAAAGGAUAUGCAGAACAUGAUUCACUAUAUGAUAAAUGUAUCCAUCAGUAAAGCAGCAGCCAGGAUAGUCAAUAUUAAUAACACUGAGAUUGUUUGUGGUCGAUUCGAGAAUCUUAAUGUGUCUACUAAGUUUAGACAUCGGAGCACCCAUUGUGAUGUAACGUUGCAAUAUUAUGGAUUAUCUUCACCUGAAGGAUCGCUUGCCCAGAGUGUCUCCAGUGAGCAGAAGGUGAAUGCUUUGCAAGCUAGUUUUGUGCAUACUCCAGCAGGAGAAAAUGUAGAUUGGAGGCUUUCAGCAACAAUUUCUCCUUGUCAUGUCACGGUGCUUGUGGAAAGUUAUGACCGCUUUUUACAUUUUGUGAAGAGGAGCACUGAUGUUAGUCCUACUGUUGCGAUGGAAACUGCAACUGCUUUGCAGAAUAAAAUUGAAGAAGUGACUCGGAGAGCUCAGGAGCAAUUUCAAAUGGUAUUAGAAGAGCAGAGCAGAUUUGCUCUUGACAUUGAUCUUGAUGCUCCCAAAGUUAGAGUUCCAAUAAGAUCUUGUACCUCCAUUGAAAAUGACAGCCAUCUUCUAUUAGAUUUUGGUCAUUUCACUUUGAAAACAAAGGAAGAUGGGCAGCUCCAUGAUCGUGGGCACAGUCUAUACUCUCGUUUUCAUAUAUCUGGAAGGGAUAUUGCAGCUUUCUUUACUGAUUGUGGUUCUAACAGUCACUCCGUGAAUUGGGGAUCACAACCUUCCAUUUCUGCCAGUUCUGAAGAUGCUGACAAACUGUAUUCUCUUAUCGAUAGGUGUGGAAUGGAUGUAAUUGUAGAUCAGGUUAAGGUACCUCAUCCGAAUCAUCCAUCAACAAGAAUAUCUGUUCAAAUCCCAAGUCUUGGCAUACACUUCUCUCCUGACAGAUAUUUCAGGCUCACUGAAUUGUUAAAGUUACUCAAUCGUGCAAUGCCCAGUGAUGAGGAUCAUACUGUAGAACACCUUCAAACUGGUCUUGUCCGCUGGAAUCCACCAGAUCUUGUAGCUGAGGCGAGAAUUCUCGUUUGGAGGGGAAUUGGCUAUUCAGUUGCUUCCUGGCAACCCUGUUUUCUUGUCUUAUCUGGAUUUCACCUUUAUGUGUUGGAAUCUAAAACUUCCCAAACCUAUCAACGGUGCUCAAGCAUGUCUGGUAAACAAGUAUGUGAUAUUCCUCCGGCAAAUGUUGGUGGUUCGCCUUUUUGUAUUGCUGUGAGCAGCAGAGGCAUGGAUAUUCGAAAGGCUCUGGAGUCUUUUAGUACUCUGAUAGUAGAGUUUCCAAGUGAGGAGGAAAAGUCGACUUGGUUGAGAGGACUUGUACAAAGUACAUACCGAGCUUCUGCUCCUCCUUCAGUUGAUGUUCUUGAUGGUCAGAGAGAUUAUCCAAUAGAGUUUACUGAAUCCCGGGUGAGGAAUGAAAAAGCAGCUGAUCUUGUUGUCAAUGGGAUGGUGGUAGAAACUAAAUUGUCAUUAUACGGAAAGUUUGGGGAUGAGGAGCAUGAGAGGAUACAUGAGAAGAUCAUACUUGAAGUUAUUGCUAGUGGAGGAAAGGUUCAUGUUUCGAGCUGUAUGGGCGAUUUGACAGUACAAAUGAAGCUGAAUUCUUUAAAAAUUAUGGACAAACUUCAGGGUUCUCUGUCUGCACAUUCACAGUAUUUAGCCUGUUCAGUUAUCAUGGAUCGACAUUCACAUAGCUCCUCUAAUAGUUUAGAAUCUCAAGGGAAGGAUCCCUCUGCAGUGCCAGUUGAGGAGGAUGAUAUUUUCAAGGAUGCCUUGCCAGAUUUCAUUGUUUUUCAUGACUCUGCUGAAACUGGUGUCCAAGAGAAGGAUUUGAUCAAAGGAAAUAUCAUUCCUGGUGAUGUUUUCUAUGAGGCAAUAGGCUCUGAUGAUUCUGAUUUUGUGUCUGUCACAUUCUUGACGAGGAAUCCCGGUUCCCCUGAUUAUGAUGGUAUAGAUACCCAGAUGAGUAUCCGGAUGUCGAAGUUGGAAUUCUAUUGCAACCGACCCACUCUUGUUGCUUUGAUUAACUUUGGGUUUGAUCUAAGCUCAGCAAAUGGUGGGGUUAGUGCUACCAAAAUAGAAAAUCCCGACGAUGAACCUUUAGCAAACAAACGCAAGACAGAGGAACAUGUACAUGCACCUUCCAUUAAGGGACUACUAGGGUAUGGAAAGGGUCGAAUUGUGUUUUACUUGAACAUGAAUGUCGACAGUGUUACCAUUUAUCUUAAUAAGGAAGACGGUGCUCAACUUGCUAUGUUCGUGCAAGAAAGUUUUCUUUUGGAUAUUAAGGUUCAUCCAAGUUCUACAUCUAUAGAGGGCACAUUAGGAAACUUUAGGCUGUGUGAUCUAUCACUUGGGUCUGAUCACUCUUGGGGUUGGCUAUGCGAUCUGCGGAACCAAGAAGCUGAAUCCCUGAUACAGUUUACAUUCAAUUCUUACAGCAUUGGAGAUGAUGAUUAUGAAGGGUAUGAUUACAGUUUGAGUGGCCGGCUUUCUGCUGUCCGCAUUGUUUUCCUUUACAGAUUUGUCCAGGAGAUAACUGCGUACUUCAUGGAGCUUGCCACUCCUCAUACUGAAGAAGCGAUAAAACUUGUUGAUAAAGUUGGAGGAAUUGAAUGGUUGAUUCAGAAAUAUGAGGUCGAUGGAGCAUCUGCUGUAAAGCUGGACCUUUUACUGGACACUCCCAUCAUAGUAGUUCCAAGAAAUUCACUGAGCAAAGAUUUCAUGCAACUUGAUCUUGGCCAUCUACGGAUCAGAAAUGCAUUCAGUUGGCAUGGAUGUCGUGAGAAAGAUACGUCUGCUGUCCAUCUUGAUGUUCUUGAUGCAGAGAUUCUGGGAAUCAAUAUGGCUGUUGGAAUUCAUGGCUGCAUUGGAAAACCAAUGAUACGGGAAGGAAGAGAAGUUCAUGUUUAUGUUAGGCGCAGUUUGAGAGACGUCUUUCGCAAAGUCCCAACAUUCAAUUUGGAAGUUAAAGUGGGUUCGUUGCACGCCGUAAUGUCUGAUAAGGAAUAUAAUAUUCUUCUGGAUUGUUUCUACAUGAACCUAUGUGAACAACCUACUCUUCCUCCUAGUUUCCGAAGCAGCAAAUCUUCUGCAAAGGAUACAAUAAGAUUGCUAGCUGAUAAGGUGAACAUGAAUAGCCAGGUCCUUCUGUCGCGUACUGUUACUAUAGUGGCUGUUGAAGUAGACUAUGCCUUGCUAGAGCUGUGCUAUGGGGCUGAUAAAGAAUCUCCUUUGGCUCAUGUUAUUCUUGAAGGUCUUUGGGUUUCAUACAGAAUGACAUCAUUAAGUGAAGCUGACCUAUAUAUUACAAUACCGAAGUUCUCUAUAUUAGACAUUCGUCCCAAUACAAAGGCUGAAAUGAGGCUGAUGCUUGGCUCGUGCACUGAUGCCCCAAAGCAGAUGUCUCCUGAAAGAAAUGUUGAUUUACCAAAUUCCACAAUGUUUUUAAUGGAUGGGAGAUGGCGACUCUCAUCGCAAUCAUUUGUAGUUCGAGUGCAGCAGCCUCGUGUUCUUGUUGUUCCAGAUUUUCUUCUAGCCUUCUGCGAGUUUUUUGUGCCUGCCUUGGGGACUAUAACUGGGAGGGACGAUAUGAUGGAUGCCAAAAAUGAUCCAAUUUGUAAGAAGAACGGCAUAGUUCUUUCCGCUCCUCUAUAUAAACAAAUAGAAGAUGUGGUGCAGUUAUCUCCAAGUCAACAACUUAUAGCUGAUACUGUUGGGAUUGAUGAAUACAUAUAUGAUGGCUGUGGUAAGAUAAUCCGUCUUGUGAAUGAGGAAGAAGAGAAAGAGUUUCAGUUGUCGGUUUUCCGGCCCAUUAUUAUCAUAGGGCGGGGUAAACGGUUGAGGUUCACAAAUGUAAAAUUUGAGAAUGGCUUGCUUUUGAGGAAAUAUACAUACUUGAGCAAUGAUAGCAGCUAUUCACUUUCCCAAGAAGAUGGCGUCGAAGUAUCUUUUCUGGAUGAUAGUUCUCUGAAUAAAAACCAUAAAGACUCGGAUCAAUUGGAAGAAUCGUCACACAUCUCACAUGCUUCCGGCACAGCUCAAUAUGAAUCAAGUAAAAUGCCGAGUUUCAGUUUUGAGGCCCAGGUUGUUUCUCCUGAAUUCACCUUCUAUGACAGCAGUAAGUCAUUCUUGGACGAUUCUACACAUGGUGAAAAGCUUCUACGUGCAAAAACAGACUUUAGCUUCAUGUAUGCAUCAAAAGAAGAUGAUAGAUGGAUAAGGGGCCUUCUCAAGGAUUUAACCGUGGAGGCUGGUUCUGGUCUUGUUGUUCUUGAUCCAGUGGAUGUUUCUGGGGGAUUUACUUCAGUCAAAGAUAAAACAAACAUAUCUGUAGUGUCCACCGAUAUCUAUGCUCAUCUUUCUCUAAGUGUGGUUUCCCUUUUACUAAAUCUUCAAAGUCAGGCAUCUACAGCACUGCAAUUUGGAAAUGCUGACCCCCUGUCACCUUGUACAAAUUUUGAUCGGAUAUGGGUGUCCCCAAAAGCAAAUGGGCGUCUCAGCAAUAUGACAUUUUGGAGACCUCGAGCACCGGCAAACUAUGUUGUUUUGGGUGAUUGUGUGACCUCAAGGCCAAAUCCCCCUUCACAGUCAGUCCUGGCUGUAAGUAACGCAUACGGUCGUGUACGAAAGCCUCUUGGUUUUAAGCUCAUUGGUUUAUUUUCAAGUAUUCAGGGACAACAGACUGAUCAAAUUCUUUCAAGUGCUGAUAGUGACUGUUCUCUUUGGUUACCCAUUGCACCUCCUGGAUACUUGGCAUUAGGGUGUGUUGCACAUGUUGGAAGUCAACCACCUCCAAGUCACAUUGUUCACUGUAUUCGUUCCGAUCUGGUGACAUCAUCAACAUAUUUAGAAUGUUUACUCAAUAGUUCUGCUAAUCAUUUGUUUGAAUCCGGAUUUAGCAUAUGGCGACUUGACAACUGUCUCGGGUCAUUUUACGCCCAUCCAUCCUCUGGCUGUCCCUCCAGAGAUUCUUGUUUUGACCUGAAUCAUCUUCUUCUAUGGAACUCUAGCCAGCGUCAAUCUUCAUCAAAUGAAUCUCUCUUGGAUUUCAAUACUGGACAGGAAAAUGCUUGCCUCCAGACAAGUAAUCAGGGUUCAACUUCAUCUGGAUGGGAUGUUUUAAGAUCAAUAUCUAAAGCAAGUACAUAUUACAUGUCAACCCCAAAUUUUGAACGAAUCUGGUGGGACAGAGGUGGUGAUCUUCGGAGACCAUUUUCAAUAUGGAGACCUAUACCACGCCUUGGAUAUGCCAUACUGGGUGACUGUAUAACUGAAGGCUUGGAACCUCCUCCAUUAGGCAUCAUUUUCAAAGCUGAUGACCCUGAAAUUUCUGCAAAACCUGUCCAGUUUACACAAGUUGCUCGUAUAGGCAAGAAAGGCACAGAUGAAGUUUUCUUCUGGUACCCCAUUGCCCCUCCUGGUUAUGCUUCUUUGGGAUGUAUGGUAACUCAACACGAUGAAGCACCUUGUUUGGAAUCUAUUUGCUGCCCAAGAAUGGAUUUAGUUAGCCAAGCUAACAUUGCUGAGAUGCCUAUUUCAAGAUCAUCAAGUUCAAAAGCAUCUAAUUGUUGGAGUAUCUGGAAAGUUGAGAAUCAGGCAUGCACCUUUCUUGCUCGUUCUGACCUCAAAAAACCAUCAAGCAUAUUAUCAUUUGCAAUUGGUGACUCAGUGAAGCCAAAGACAAGGGAUAAUUUAACAGCUGACAUGAAAAUAAGAUGCUUUUCUCUGACUAUUUUGGACAGCUUGUGUGGAAUGAUGACUCCACUUUUUGAUGCCACAAUUACUAACAUCAAGCUAGCAAGUCACGGUCGCCUUGAGGCCAUGAAUGCUGUAUUGAUUUCUUCCUUUGCCGCGUCAACUUUUAAUAUUCAUUUAGAAGCUUGGGAGCCACUUGUUGAGCCAUUUGAGGGAAUAUUUAAGAUGGAAACAUAUGAUACCAAUUUAAGCCAACCGGUAAAAGUAGCCAAAAGAAUGCGAAUUGCUGCUACCAGUAUUCUGAAUGUGAAUCUAAGUGCUGCAAAUAUUGAUACCUUAGCGCAAACAAUGGAUUCAUGGAGAAAGCAGAGGGAACUUGAAGAGAAAGCAAUGAGAUUGUAUGAGGAAGCUGCUGGCCCUGAUGCAUCUGACCAAGAAUCGACACAUCUGGCUUUGGAUGAAGACGAUUUUCAGACGGUGAUAGUGGAAAAUAAGCUUGGCUGUGAUAUAUACCUAAAGAAAACUCAACUUAAUUCGCAUACCAUUAAUUUACUUCGGGAUGAUGAUUGUGCCUCUUUAUGGAUACCACCUCCAAGAUACUCAGACAGAUUAAAUGUUUCGGAUGAAGCAAGGGAACCUCGAUGUUACGUUGGAGUUCAAAUUGUUGAAGCACAGGGUUUACCUCUCCUUGAUGAUGGAAAUAGUCAUCGAUUUUUUUGUGCUCUGCGCUUGGUUGUAGAGAAUCAAGAAGCUAAUUCGCAAAAGCUUUUCCCUCAAAGUGCAAGAACAAAGUGUGUUAGACCACUAUCAACUAAAGUUAAUGAUCUUGACGAAGGCACAGCUAGAUGGAAUGAACUCUUCAUUUUCGAAGUUCCUCGGAAGGGAAUGGCUAAGUUGGAGGUGGAAGUAACAAACCUUGCUGCAAAGGCCGGUAAAGGUGAGGUCGUGGGUGCAUGUUCAUUCUCUGUUGGACAUGGGACGAGCAUGUUGAAAAAGGUUACUUCUGUUAAAAUGCUCCACCAGUCAUCUGAAGUUCAAAGUAUUACAUCUUAUCCACUAAAAAGAAAGGGCGAAUAUAUUGAUGAAAUGCAUUCUUGUUCUUGCCUUUUCGUUUCCACUUCUUUCAUUGAGAAGAGUAUGGCUACCGACUUUGAGGAUAAAUGGGGAGAUCGAGAUGAUGUAGAUGAAGAUAUGGGUUUCUGGGUUGCACUUGGUCCAGAAGGUCCAUGGGAUGGUUUUCGUUCAUUGCUUCCUCUAUCAGUGAUUACCAUGAAACUCCAAAAUGAUUUUGUGGCUUUAGAGGUGUCUAUGAAAGAUGGAAAGAAGCAUGCGGUUUUCAGGGGUCUUGCUACGGUGACCAAUGAUUCAGAUAUCCAAUUGAAUAUUUCAACAUGUCAUGUCUCACUGGUUAAUGGUCAUGAUAUUUCUUCUAGUGUAAGUAGAAAUAACAUCGUCAUAGAAGAGAUGUUUGAAAAUCAACAAUAUCAUCCAGGAUCUGGUUGGGGUAACAAUGAAUAUGGUUCUCGUGAUAAGGAUCCAGGGCGUUGGAGUACAAGGGAUUUCUCUUAUUCUUCUAAAGAGUUCUUCGAACAUCCUCUCCCCCCUGGAUGGAAAUGGGCAUCAACAUGGACUGUUGACAAAUCUCAGUUUGUUGAUACUGAUGGUUGGGCUUAUGGGCCUGACUAUCAUAGUCUGAAAUGGCCUCCAAGUUCUCCCAAGUCUGGAACAAAAUCAGCCCGUGAUGCUGUCCGUCGAAGGCGUUGGAUUCGAACAAGGCAAGAAGUUGAUGACUGGGCCACAACAAACCCAAAUUUUCUUGACGUUACUAUAUCCCCAGGUUGCUCUUCAGUUUUACCCUGGAGAAGCAUGUCAAGGAAUUCUAACCAGUGUCUACGAAUUCGGCCAUCCAGUGAUCAUUCUCAAACUUCCUAUGCUUGGGGCCGUCCAGUUUCUGUUGAGAAGGACCCGCUAUCUGUCGAACAACCUUCACUUUCUCGUCAGAGUACCUUGAAGCAUGUAAGUAAGACCCCAGUUUCACCAUUGAGGCUAGAUCAGAUGGAGAAGAAGGACCUUCUUUGGUGUUGCCCUGGAUCUGGUGGUAAAUUAUUUUGGCUUUCCAUCGGCACAGAUGCAUCGGUUCUUCAUACAGAUCUUAAUACCCCUAUUUAUGAUUGGAAAAUAUCUGUGAGUUCUCCACUGCGGUUGGAGAACAGACUUCCUUGUUCUGCAGAAUUCAAAAUCUGGGAAAGGUUGAAAGAUGGUAAAAAUGUAGAAAGACAACAUGGUUUUGUAGCAUCACGUGGGACUGUACACAUAUAUACUGCUGACAUACAGAAUCCGAUAUAUGUGAUGUUAUUUGUUCAGGGUGGCUGGGUUGUGGAAAAGGACCCUGUUCUUGUUUUGGAUAUGGCAUGUGGUAAUCACGUUUCCUCAUUUUGGAUGCUUCACCAGCAGAAAAAAAGGAGGUUACGGGUGAGCAUUGAGCGUGACUUGGGAGGAACUGCAGCUGCCCCCAAAACAAUAAGGUUUUUUGUUCCCUACUGGAUAAAUAAUGAUUCCUUCCUCCCAUUGGCUUAUAGAGUAGUGGAAAUUGAACCGCUGGAAAGUGGGGACGUGGAUUCUCUUGUCAUCUCCAAAGCAGUUAAAUCUGCAAAAUCGGCAUCGAGACAUCCUUCAACCUCAGUGGUUGCGGGACAGGUUGGUAUGAGGAAAAACAUUCAAGUGCUCGAAGCUAUUGAAGAUACUAGUCCAACACCCAGUAUGCUUUCUCCACAAGAUUAUGUUGGCCGUGGUGGCGUUAUGCUGUUUUCAUCGCGAAAUGAUACGUAUCUGUCCCCAAGGGUGGGUGUUGCUGUUGCUAUUCGGGAUUCUGAAAAUUUCAGUCCUGGGGUAUCACUUCUUGAGCUAGAGAAAAAGCAAAGGGUUGAUGUGAGGGCAUCCCAUUCUGACGGAACAUACUACAAGCUUUCAGCUGUGCUGCACAUGACUUCAGACAGAACAAAGGUUGUACAUUUCCAGCCACACACAAUGUUUAUUAACAGAGUUGGGUGUAGCAUAUGCAUGCGGCAAUCUGAUAGUCAAUCACUAGAGUGGCUUCAUCCUACUGAACCUCCCAAACAUUUUGGAUGGCAAUCCGGAAAAGAUGAAUUGCUUACGUUGCGGAUGGAGGGCUACCAGUGGAGUGCACCAUUCACUAUUGGCUCUGAAGGUCUAAUGUCUAUAUGCCUGAGGAGUGAGCUGGGAGGUGAUCAAAUGAAUCUUUCAAUACAAGUAAGAGGCGGAACAAAGACCUCUCGCUAUGAAGCUAUAUUUCGUCCGGAUUCUUUUUCAAGUCCUUACAGGAUUGAAAAUCGCUCUCUUUUCCUACCAAUACAAUUUCGGCAAGUCAGUGGUUCCACAGACUCGUGGAGGUCUCUACUUCCUAAUGCUGCUGCUUCUUUUUCAUGGGAAGACCUUGGUAGAGAGCGAUGUUUGGAACUAUUUAUAGAUGGAGAUGAUCCAAGGACAACACAGAAGUAUGAUAUUGAUGAAAUUAAAGAUCAUCAGCCCGUUCAGGUUGCUGGAGGACCUAGGAGAGGUCUACGAGUCACUAUCAUCAGGGAAGAGAAAGUAAAUGUUGUUAAAAUUAGUGACUGGAUGCCAGAAAAUGAAGCACCGAUGCUUUUAAAUAGAAGUCUUUCAUAUGUACAGCAAAUUUCUGAAAAUAAGUCUCAGCUUCAGCCAUCAACUUUUAACUCUGAUUGCGAGUUUCAUCUCAUCCUGGAAGUCGCCGAGCUUGGGUUGUCUGUUGUUGAUCACACACCAGAAGAGAUAUUAUAUUUGUCCCUGCAAAAUUUCUUGCUGUCAUAUUCUACUGGACUCGGCUCUGGAAUUAGUCGGUUAAAAAUAAGAAUGGGGGGGAUUCAGUUGGAUAAUCAGUUGCCUUUAACUCCAAUGCCAGUUCUGUUCCGGCCACAAAGAGUUGGAGAGGACACUGAUUAUAUUUUGAAGCUUUCUGUCACAAAACAAUCUAGUGGAUCUUUAGAUUUGUGCAUAUAUCCUUACAUUGGUUUGCAGGGACCUGAAAAUACUGCCUUUUUAAUUAAUAUUCACGAACCAAUUAUUUGGCGCAUUCAUGGGCUAAUCCAGCAAGCUAAUAUCGCCAGAAUCUUUGGUACUCAGACCACUUCUGUUUCUGUUGAUCCAAUCAUUCAAAUUGGUGUUCUUAAUGUCUCAGAAGUUCGUCUCAAAGUGACUAUGGCUAUGUCCCCUACCCAACGGCCAGUUGGUGUCCUUGGCUUUUGGGCAAGCUUAAUGACUGCUCUUGGAAAUACGGAAAAUAUGCCAGUGCGGAUAAACCCGAGAUUUCAGGAAAAUGUAUCUAUGAGGCAUAGUAUUCUAGUCGGUAAUGCUAUCUCAAACAUUAAAAAGGAUAUUCUCAGUCAGCCUCUGCAGCUGCUUUCUGGUGUUGAUAUUUUGGGAAAUGCAAGUAGUGCACUUGGACAUAUGAGCAAAGGUGUUGCUGCCCUAUCAAUGGACAAGAAAUUCAUACAAAGUCGACAAAGACAGGACAACAAAGGUGUAGAGGACUUUGGUGAUGUCAUUCGAGAAGGAGGUGGGGCCUUAGCUAAAGGCAUAUUUCGAGGAUUCACUGGCAUCUUAACAAAACCUCUCGAAGGUGCAAAGGCAUCGGGCGUUGAGGGCUUUGUACAGGGUGUUGGGAAGGGAUUAAUAGGUGCCGCCGCACAACCUGUUAGCGGUGUUUUGGAUCUUUUGUCAAAAACUACCGAAGGUGCAAAUGCAAUGAGAAUGAAGAUUGCAUCUGCUAUUGCUUCUGAAGAUCAACUUCUCCGCCGAAGAUUACCCCGAGCUAUUAGUGGUGAUAAUUUACUUAGGCCGUAUGAUGAGUACAAAGCACAGGGACAGGUGAUUUUGCAAUUAGCAGAAUCGGGAUCAUUUUUCGUCCAGGUUGAUCUGUUUAAAGUACGUGGAAAGUUUGCCUUAACAGAUGCCUAUGAGGACCAUUUUGCACUUCCCAAGGGCAGAAUCAUUCUGGUUACUCAUCGAAGAGUUAUGUUGUUGCAACAACCAUCCAACCUCAUUGCACAGAAAAAAUUCAACCCUGCAAGAGAUCCAUGUUCAGUGCUCUGGGAUGUGGUGUGGGAUGACUUAGUCACAAUGGAACUGGUUCACGGAAAGAAAGAUCAUCCGAGUGCUCCAACUUCACGCGUUCUUCUAUAUUUACACAAUAAAAAUGGAGAUGCAAAGGACCAAUAUCGCAUUAUAAAGUGUAGCCGUGAUUCUAAUCAAGCAUUUGAGGUUUAUUCGUCAAUCGAACAAGCAAGGUCUACUUACGGUCCAACACAUACAAUGGGGUUGCUUAAGAGGAAAGUGAGGAAGCCAUAUUCUCCUACGGUAGAUGCUGUAAUUCCUAAAGGAGCAUACAUAUUGUCACCCCAACAAAUGCCUUCAUCGGUAUCCCUAAAUUCAACUCUUGGAGCAGUGAACAAUGAUUGAUAUGGAAAAUGUAGCUUUUGCUAGUAACAGCAAAAGGCAUAAACGAUGAUCGUUUUAUCUUUUUACCGUCUAAAGUGUGAAGAAAGAUUGAAAAAUGAGAGACAUCAAGAAUGCUGGCAAGAGCUUUACAGGAAAAGGCUGUUUCCUGAAGUUGAAUUGCAACUUGUGCUGCAGCGAUUUUGUUUAUACGCCAUCUGGAGUUGUAAUUGUAUUCUCGCACUGUAAUAUGUGCUUCAUCAUAAGAGGAUACUAGAAUAUAUAUAUAUAUAUAUAUAUAUAUAUAUAUAUAUAUAUAUAUAUAUAUAUAUAUAUAUAUAUAUAUAGAGAGAGAGAGAGAGAGAGAGAGAGAGAGAGAGAGAGAGAGACGCACAUUACAUACACAUCACUGUAUAUAUUCAAGUGAGUGUAUGAAGAGCCUCUACGAAGUGGUCGGCUGAGGUAAUAAUGUACUUGAUGCUCUUUUAUUGUACAUACUACAUAAUUAAUUUUUGUAUAUACUCUUUUCAAUCAAAACAUGGUUCGGUUUGGUUGGUCCAUCCAAAGAGACUUGAUAAAUAUAUUAUUUUGAUUUUAGUAUUAUCAUGGG